GUUGGAUCUGUGUCUCUGUUUAUGUUUAAUGUAUUAUAGCUAAAAUAGUAGGAAUAAGCUUGAUAUUUUUUAAUCAAAAUUUUAAAAGAUAUGUCAAGUUUCUGGGACAGACCUGGUGGACAUAAUCAAUAUAUAGCGGCAGUUUUAGCUUCACUCAGCGUAUUUAAUUUUGGUGUCACAAUCGGCUGGUCAGCACCUUCGGUUUUCGCGGUUACGGAAAAAAAGUAUUAUGGUUUUGCAGUGAGUCUGACCGAAUAUGGAUGGGCCUGUGCAAUGGCCAAUUUGGGGUGCGCCCUAACGAUGGUGCCGGCCGCUGCGUUAGCCAACUGUAUAGGCCGGAAGUUGAUAAUGCUGUUAGUGGUGCUCCCAUACAUAGCAGGAUGGGUGCUAACGAUUUAUCCGUUUAAUAUGUAUUUGCUCAUGUUCUCGCGGCUGCUGCAAGGCCUAUGCGCCGGCUGUUAUUUGAUAAUCGCAUCGGUGUACUGUGUGGAAAUUUCGCAAGUGGAAGUGAAGUCAUAUAUUGGCAAUUUCCCCUUAAUAUUCUAUUAUCUGGGAAUCCUAUAUGCCUAUAUCCUGGGCGCCUUCAACAAUAUGCGUUACCUAAAUUACGGCUGCGCCGUUACGCCGGCCGUGUUCCUGCUCACCUUCGUGUGGAUGCCGGAGUCGCCGGUGUAUUAUAUGCUUAAGAACAAGAAGAUGAAGGCCAUUGGCUCGCUUCAAUGGCUACGGGGCAAGCAUAUGGAUGCGGCUCGAGAGUAUGACGACAUAAUGGGGGCCAUAGAAAGACUUCGAGACAAUAAUAAAUUCAGCUGUCAGAAAUUGCGGCGCUUAGCCUCGGCCAAGGCAAUUAUUAUAUGCACGAUCAUGGUGGCGUUCAAGAACUUAUGUGGCAGCAUCGCUAUCAUAAUGUAUUCCACACUUAUGCUAGACGCGGCCGAUAGCCAGAUUUUCAUGGACUCUAAAGUUUCUAUCAUAUUUAUUGGCAUCUCUGUUUUAAUAUCUACCCUAAUUUCGGUGCACAAAUUUGACAGUCGUAGAACUCUGAUGAUAUGGUCGAUCAUAAUGGUGGCUCUAAAUUGUGCUUUGCAAUCCAUUUAUUUUCAGAUGAAGGAUAGCUACGUGCAUUCGCUUCAAUGGCUGCCCAUUGUGAGUUUCUGUUGCUUCUCUUUCUUUUUUGGACUGGGCGUGGGUAUUUAUCCGUUCGUCAUGAUGCGCCAAUUGUUUGGAGAGAAUAUUGAAAUUCUGGCAGCUAGUGUCGUUUGGACUCUUAAUGAACUAUUUGCUUUUUGCGGGGCGGUGUCAUUUCCAUAUAUAUUGCACGUUUGGAAUAUGGCCGUAUGCUUCUGGAUAUUUACAGCCCUCGCAUUUUUGUGCCUGAUAUUUAUAUACUUUUUAGUGCCAGAGACUAAAAAGAUUGCCGAUAGUAAAGAAAUGUUGGACGAAAAACAGAAUACCGUUACCAAAUAAAUAUCACAAACAACACGCUUACAUUCAACCUUUGCUACGGACUGAAUACGAGACUAUCAAAUGAUCUUCGAAAUGCCGUCAACUGCUUCAAAUUAAUUGCACUCAAUUGCAAUUGCUGGAACAAUUUUUAGAUUAUUUUUCGAGUUUUAAAAUUGAUAGGAUUGACGCCAAAUUCAAUAAAUUCCAGUAUCUGCAGUACGAGCUUAAGUACUCCCUAGAAAGCUAAAACAAGGCUAAUGAUUUACAAUAACGAAAAGUUAUUUCGUAAAAAAAAAAAAAAAAAUAAAACAAAAAAACGAAAUGAGAACGAAUACGAGGUGACUACCAUAGUAUUGUUAUUGCUGUUGCGCCUAACCUGGGUGAUUCAGAACUUAGCUUCACUGCAUCAGCACCGCCAACAUGAUUGUAAAAGUGUUAUAAAAAAGCAUCCAGAAUAAAGUUAGUAAUUAUGUA